CUCUGUCGAGCAGAUGUUACCGUGAGAGAUACGGAGUCGCUGCUGCUGCUGCUGCUGCAACAAGAGACAAGACGCGUCUUGGAUCGCAAAUAGGGGGGAUGCAGGGCGCAUGCGCAGUGCGCUCCGUUUACUGUAGGAUAUUCGCCGUGGAGGAAGAAAAGGGGGCAGGCAACAAAACCAGGCUUUUUUUUUAAGAAAGAGGAAAAAAAACAGCAAAAACCCCCCACUCGUGUGCAAUGUAAAUAACCGACGGGAGGGACACGAAAUAGGAUUAUCAACAGGGCUUUUUUGUAGGUGUGAUGAGACAAAGGAACAAAGGAUGCCUUAGAGGAGAGGUUGCCUAUAUGCCUGGAAACCUCUUCAAAGCACACCGCCAAAUGGAUCUAUCGCCUCCCCCUGCCACCUCUAGAUCAUGAUACUUGGCUGAAGCUGUUCCGCUAUCUUUAUGAUCCCUCCUCCAUCUAUGGCGAACUAUAGCCAUGCAGGGGACCACACCAUCUUGCAGAAUGUCUCUCCUCUCGCCACGUUCCUCAAACUGACCUCUCUGGGUUUCAUUAUUGGAGUCGGCGUGGUCGGAAACCUCCUGAUCUCCAUCCUGCUGGUCAAAGACAAGAGCCUGCACCGAGCGCCCUACUAUUUCCUGCUGGACCUGUGCGCCUCCGAUAUUCUGCGCUCCGCCAUCUGCUUCCCCUUCGUCUUCACCUCGGUAAAGAAUGGAUCCGCGUGGACCUACGGCACGCUGACCUGCAAGGUGAUCGCCUUCCUGGGUGUGCUCUCCUGUUUCCACACGGCGUUCAUGCUGUUCUGCGUCAGCGUCACCCGCUACCUGGCCAUCGCGCAUCACCGUUUCUACACCAAGAGGCUGACUUUCUGGACGUGCCUGGCCGUCAUCUGCAUGGUGUGGACGCUGUCAGUGGCUAUGGCGUUCCCGCCGGUGCUGGACGUGGGGACGUACUCUUUCAUCCGGGAGGAGGACCAGUGCACGUUCCAGCACCGCUCCUUCAGGGCGAACGACUCGCUGGGCUUCAUGCUCCUGCUGGCGCUCAUCCUCCUGGCCACACAGCUGGUUUACCUCAAGCUUAUAUUCUUCGUCCACGACCGCCGGAAGAUGAAGCCCGUCCAGUUCGUGCCUGCCGUCAGCCAGAACUGGACCUUCCACGGGCCGGGCGCCAGCGGGCAGGCGGCGGCCAACUGGCUGGCUGGAUUUGGUCGAGGCCCGACCCCGCCUACCUUGCUGGGCAUCCGGCAGAACAGCAACGCAGCGGGUCGCAGGCGUCUACUGGUGCUGGAUGAGUUCAAAACCGAGAAGAGGAUUAGUAGGAUGUUCUACAUCAUGACAUUUUUCUUCCUGGCUCUGUGGGGGCCCUACCUGGUUGCCUGCUACUGGCGGGUGUUUGCAAGGGGCCCCGUGGUUCCUGGGGGCUACCUGACAGCAGCCGUGUGGAUGAGCUUUGCCCAGGCUGGGGUCAACCCUUUCAUCUGCAUCUUCUCCAACAGGGAGCUCCGGCGCUGCUUCAGCACCACACUCCUCUACUGCAGAAAAUCCAGGUUACCAAGGGAACCCUACUGCGUUAUAUGAUGGUUUUGCUGUGGGGUUUUUUCCCUCAUCUGUGUCUCUAUUACCCUGAUUGAUCUUGAUCUGGGCUCGUUCCCAUUGUACAGCUUUCUUUCUAUCUCUCUUCUCUUCAUCCUCCAGUUUUCUCCCGCUCCUCCUUCUCCUAACCCUUCUUUUCAGAGGUAGAAGGUGGAACUGCCAAUCACGUGGCUCGGGCCCGGGGUGAUUGAGUUCGAAAAACGUAUCAAACGCGGAGGCUGAAGGGAAUGGGAAUACGCAGGAGGUAUGGAUCCCCCCACCCACCCCCUCCUGUGUUUAUGUUCUAGUAAACAGACAUCGUGGAAGGCCAUGCCAAUGCAGACGUGCAAAAAGUUGAGAAAAAAAAAAGAGGAAAAAAAAAGGGAAAAGAUUUGACAAAACGACGAAAAGAAACCUUUGGAUAUUUUGAAGAUUAUUCUGUGAGAGUGUGAAAUAUGAGAAAAGAGAGAAAAAAAAAACAAAGAAACGAUACCUCUCAAGGAAUCACUGGAAAUGUUUUACAUUUUAAGAGUUGCACUAAAAAGAAGAUGUAAAGACGCGUUUCUUUUGGUCAACAGUUGAAUUGCAAGGACAACUUUCGCCUUUUGUUUUUUUUUUUUUUUCAUUUUUUUUUCCCCCAAACGAAACAAUGAAUGCUUUAAUUUGCAACAGACUACACAAUCGCUGUAAGUAAAGCAAAACGUGGUGACUGUUGGAAUACACCAUCAACAAGAGGAUAAAAAUGGUUUUAAUGUAAGUGAUAUCUUUUUCAUUUACCGGGGUGGGGAGGGGACGGGAGGGAGAGGUGUGGGAGGGAGGGGGUCUGUCUCUACGGCGAGGGGUUGGGGGCGGGGGUGAUUUACAAUGUGUGGUUAUGAAGUUGCAACUUAAAACUAGAAACGAUUUUUCUUGUAGUUUUACGAUCCAUAUGUCCCUAGUGUCUGGCAUUGUUAUUUUCCUAACACCUUUUACAAGAAAAGAAAAAAAAAAGAGGGGAAAAAAAGUUAUGUUUGGAUUAAAAUAAGUUGCUUUUAAGAACAAUCUUGUGCUUAAAAAAAAAAAAAAAAAAGACAAUGAAGAAGUAGUUUAAAUGUUUCAUCAUAUCCAUGUACCUAAACACUAUCAUAUUGUUACAGUAUUGCUGAUGCCACUCCGGGUGUUCUUGCCUUAAUGGUUAUGAUAUUGUCAUGUUUCUUGGUUGUUAUUUUAUUUCUUUCUUCUUUUUUUUUUCAUUCACUGCUGAAUUUUUAUUUAUUUAUCUAUUUAUUUUUUAGACGCAAGUUUUUUUUUUUUUCUUUGUGCGUUUCUUUUUCACAUCAGCGUGAAGUGCAUGUCCAUUUUUAAAAGCUGGUCCGCUUCCAUGAGCAUCACAGGCCAUACACUGAGCAGCCCAUUUUUAUUCUGCAGUGGUUUGCUACACCCCACAGAGUGCUCAGAGCACAGGGAGUGUGUGUGUGUGUGUGUGUGUGCGCGUGCGUGUUUGUUUGUUGUAGCGCGUGCGAGGGAAUGCAUGUGCGUGCGUGUCGCAGCGAGGAUGCGUGUGGAUCAGACAACAGUCACUUCAAGACCAGAGCCUUAGUAUGAAAUCUUGCACAAUUUGUAAAAAAUGUAAAAGGAAAAAAAAAAGAAAAGGAAAAAAAAAGACAUUUAAGGCACACCGUCUUGUUUCUACUUUCCCUACAUUUGCUCUCUCUACUGAUUGUUUUCGAUGACUUACUUUUUUCUCUUGUGGCCAUUUUAAUAUUUAUUAUGUAUUCUUUUUUGUAUAUUAUAGAUAGAUUGUGUGUAAGUAUGUGAGUCUUUCAUUUUGAAGUCCCGAAUGUGAGUACAGUUUCAGUUAGGAUUGCAUUUGCUGAAAGUUAACUGUGUAAUCUGUUGCUUUUUGAAAAUAAAAAGUUUCCAUUUUGCAAAA